AUGGAAUUAGGAGACGAGGAAUCAUUUACCGAACCACUCCCGGAAGGUCAGAAAGGUGACUACAGACCAUAUGAAAAGCGGCCGCAUGGAGAUUUACUCGGGCAGCAAUCGAAGGUAUUUGGAUUCAAUUUAAUGGAAAAAGUUCCAACUGACAACCGGAAGGAUCGGAUGUACUUUGACUCCGGUGAUCUCGCUCUUUCCGCAGCCCACCAAGUAACCAACCAGGGCGCUAUUCAAACAGGCAGAGCGCAUCCCUGUCGCGAGAGCGUUUCAAGCCCUUAUUCUCCGGUCCCAAGUGCCAGUAAUGUUGACAAAGAUGCCAACAAGAACUUGUAUAGGAAGACGGCGAGUCUUGAAAAAAAGAGUCCUCUUUGCCAGCAAACUGGUAUUGAACAGAAAGACCCUAAAAACAAAGAGGAACUGGGCAAGUGA